AUGCUGACCACUGUGUACCACUGCUCCCUCCUUCUGCUCCUCUCUUCCUCAUGGUGGCUGAGCGCUCCAAGUCCAGUCCCGUCGCUUCAACUUGAUGGAAGCACAUGCAAGGGCCUUGCACGCUCUCUGCUCUGGAACGUGACGGCAGCGCUGACAGUUGACCACCUGUUCAGAGGGCUGAACUGCACGGAGCAGAGCGCUGAGCUGCACCUCAGGACCCAAACAUUAGCUGUGUGCAUGCCACAGAACUCAAAAUGCUCAGCGGACAGCGGAGACUUCACGUUCGAUCAGGACAAAUGCCUCCAGAGUGUUCUGGAAGAUCUCAGGCAGUACCGGGCAACCUUUAAAGCUUACAGUGACCGAGACCAUGUCCUGGAACAGUCAGUGCUCAGGAGCAUUGAUGACCUCAUGCAGAACUGCUUUUCUGCCGCACCAACCGAUGGUUCUCAACCUCUGGUUUCCAUGGAGCAUGAAAACUCCUUUGAGGGUCGACUGAAGCUCUGCAAAGUCUUGAAGGCCUUCCAGAUUCGUGCUGUCACCAUCAACAGAGUGGUGAACCAUGUCCUGACCACAGGUCAGGGAGUCGACGAAUGA